CUAGUUCCGUCCAUUUUCCGGCGUGCUCUCUUGGAUUUCUCCACCUUUGGUUGCAGAUUGGUCUUCUACACUCCAAGGCGAGCCUAUCCAUCCUGAUUUCCAGCGGCGUUGUUCAAGAUUUGGGAGUUAACGAAUCAUCUUCUACAACAAGCUUCCCGAUGGUUUUCUGGUAAGUGUUGCUGGUCCUUCCUUUGUUUUGAGCUGUUCUUAGAUGGCGAAGGGCAAGAAGAAGGAGCUUAGACCUCCACCUCCUACUCCUCCAAACAAGAAAGAGCUGCGUAACUUUCUUCGUGAUAUGGAGGUUGAGUCUGGGGGUGGAGGUGAGACUGUGGAUUCUGUUGAGAAUGUGGAUAAGUUUCCGGUUAUGACUGAGGAGGAUUUCACCCCGUGUUCCAACACUGGUGAUGUGACUGUCGAAGAAGAUGAUGACCCUGAAUCCCAGACUCCUUCUCUGGAUGAGGAAAGGUUUGAGCAAGAACUGCAGAAGGAUAAGCCUGGCAUCAACAAUGGAGAUACUCCAGUAGCUAAUGCUGAAGCUCCUGAAACUGCUGAACCCAUUGGGAAGGAAAAUUGUGAGAAAGAAACUGGAAACAAUGAUGGCAAUGUACCCGGUAAUAAAGUGGAUACACCAGCUGAGAAGAAAAGCUUUGCUUCACUCUUUGAAAAGAACAGGUCUGAGGAUAAAGGUAUGAAACUCCACCAGGUGGAAAUGACUGAGGAUGAGGAGGUGUUUAUCCAGCCUGAGGAUGUGACCCCAAUGGAGGAAUUAUGGGGACCUUGCUUGUUUUGGGGUCCUAACAGCUUGUCUAAGAUUGCUUCAAAACUUGGAAGACCACUCUUCACAGAUGGUCUGACUAACAAGGUUGCCUCCAAACUUACUGUGGAGAAGGACCCAGAGGACAAUCUGGCCUACAAGAAACCCAAUUUCUGUAGAGUCCUCAUUCAUAUGGAUCUCUCCAAACCUCCCCCUUCCUGUGUGAAGGUCAAUUUUGUUGGAGGCAGCUAUUCACAAUUUGUGGAGUAUGAGGAUCUCCUCCUCUACUGUUAUCAUUGUGAGAAAUUUGGGCAUACUCCUUUUGACUGUGCUCAGCUUUUUGAAAUGGAAAGGAAGAAGGAGCAGGAGGAACAGAGGGACAGGGAGGAGGCCAGAGUGGAAGUCCUGAAAACCACUCCCAGAACAGAAACUAGGGACAAACAGGAUGGCAAGCUGGGGCAGGACAAAUAUCAUGGCAAACAAAAGGAGGGGUUGGAGCAUACUAAUACUCAGAAAGCCCAUGCUAACCCUGAUGAACCCUCACCUUCAUUCACUAGGAAGGAUGACAAUGAUGGAUUCACACUGAAAACUUUUCACAUUACAUUUGUUUUUGCCUUAUACAAUGUAAGUGUGAGAAGGAACCUCUGGGACAGACUUACUGAUAUUGCUGGCAGAAUCAACACUCCCUGGGCUAUUAUGGGGGAUUUCAAUGCUGUUUUGGAUUCUAGUGAGAGGAUUAACUGUCAUACCUAUGCUUAUGAUAUGACUGACCUCUUACAGUUUAGACUCAAUAAUGAUCUUCUUGAUGCUAAGGCUACUGCCCUCAUUGAACAAGCUACCAGCCUUAGGAAAAAGGCAACCUUUUACAGUGAUGCUGAGAGAUCCUUUUUCUUACAGAAGGUGAAAUGCACUUUUAUCAAUGAGGGUGACAAAUGCCCCAAGUUCUUCCAUGCUAUGAUGAAGAAGGGGGACAAGGAUUCUGUUACUGUCCUGGCCAACACUAUUCAGAAUUUCUCUCAAGUUUCCUUCCCUGAGGGGAAACUUCCUGUCAGAUACUUGGGACUCCCUUUGACUUCUGAAAGAGCUUCAGAAAGAGACUUUGCCCCCCUUAUUGCCAAAGUGGAUGAGAAUAUCAGGAAAUGGAACACUAAGUCUCUAUCUUCUGCUGGCAUACUGGAAUUGAUCAGAAGUGUGAUUCAAGGAAUUGAGGGUUUCUGGUUUCAGGCUUUCCCCAUUCACAAAUCUGUUUUGGAUAGAAUCACUACCCUCUGCAGAGCUUUCUUCUGGGGAAGUAAAUUCUGUAAAGUGGCCUGGGAUGACAUCUGUAAACCCAAAGAUGAAGGGGGUUUGGGACUCAGAAACUCAACCAUUUGGAACCAAGUACUACUGGCUAAGUGCUUCUGGAACAUUGCAGCAAAUAAGGAAACCUUAUGGAUACAAUGGGUGCAUUCUGUUUACCUCCAGGGCAGUGAUUUUUGGACCUGGAAUCCUAGCAAAAAGGAUUCACACUUCUUCAAGAAGAUUGCUGAGAUUAGGGACUCUCUUUUGCAGAAGUGUGGUGAUAGAUUCAUGAUUGAAGACAAUUUGGGAAAUGUGGAUUCUGUCAAUGUUUUGGCAAAAGCUAUUAAUAUUUUCUCCCAAGUAUCUGGCUUGCAUGUGAACCCUCUCAAAUCCAAUAUCUUUCUGGCUGGAGAGAUCAAAGACAGGACAGAGGAUAUCCUAGCUUUGGUGCCUUUCCCUCAGGGUAAAUUGCCUGUUAGAUACCUGGGACUCCCUCUUACCUCACAGAGAGCUUCUGAAAGAGACUUUGCCCCACUUGUGAAUAAGGUGGAUGAACAUAUCAGAAAAUGGAAUGCCAAAACCCUGUCAGCUGCUGGAAGAUUGGAACUCAUCAGAUCUGUCAUCCAAGGAAUUGAAGGAUUCUGGUUCCAAGCUUUCCCUAUUCAUAAAUCUGUCUUGGAUAGGAUAACCUCCCUUUGUAGAACUUUCCUUUGGGGGAGCAAGUUCUGUAAGGUUGCUUGGGAGGAUAUCUGCAAGCCCAAGGAUGAAGGGGGGCUUGGUUUGAACCAGCCCUGUAUUUGGAAUCAGGCACUUUUGAGCAAGAACCUGUGGAAUAUUGCCUCAAACAAGGAAACUCUGUGGGUGCAAUGUGUUCACUCUGUUUACCUUGAUGGCAAUGACUUUUGGACUUGGAGCCCUGGGAAAAAGGACUCCCAUUUCUUCAAAAUACUGAUUGAAAUCAGGGACAUGCUGCUACUCAAGAUUCCUACCAAAACUAGCCUUCAUUUCAUUGCUAUGGAGAAUAGAUUAUGUGAACUUUGCCACAAGGAGGAGGAAACUGGCCAACACCUUUUUUUCAGCUGUGAAACCUCCACACUCAUCUGGAAUGCUGUUAGAUCUUGGCUUGAGAUAGCCCCUGCCCAGUCUACCCUGGACAGAGCCCUUACUUGGCUAAGGAGACUGAGGAAUAACCAUUGCUCUAAGAGGAAGAUGACAAGGCUGGCUAUUCUCAGCACAACCUACCACAUUUGGAGAUUAAGGAAUGGUGUGUAUUUUGACAACCAGGCCAUAAAUACUGAUGCUAUUGUGUGCAAGAUCAAGAGGGCUAACACUGGGGUCCCUUGGGUAACUGGUGUUAUCCCUAUGCCCAGUUUCUCUGGGUCUGGAAACAUUUCAAAUGUAGGGAAUGGCUUGGAUCCAGGGCUGGAGGGUGGUCUCACCCUCUUUUCUUUCUUUUUCCCCCUCUCCCCUUCUUCCUUCUUCUUGCUUCUCCCUCCUUUCUUGGUCUUCCUCCUCUUUUGUCCCUUCUUCUGUUUCUGGAAACACGCUAAGUUUCACUCAUCCAAACCCUCUUUGUUUUGAUGUUUGAAGGUUGGUGUGUCUUCCCUCUGGUGCUGGGUGGGUUGGGGCCCCAUUGGUUCUGUGGACUAGUGGGGUUGUGAGGAAACAAACCAACCUCUAUUUACCCCUUCUGGGUAGUUAGAGGUUGAGUUAGGUCCUGGUU